CAGGCCAGGGCGAGGCGCGCCGAGCGCAUCGCUCGAGGCGGAGGAGGCGCUAUGGCUGCGCAGCGGCGGGCGCUGCCCCGCGGCCCCGACAGCGCCGGGCCGGGGCCGGGCCGCGGGGGCCGCCGGCACAGCAGCGCCAGGAAGGGCAGACUGCAGCAGGAUCCCCGCGGAAGGUGGCUGAAGGCAGCGAUCCUCCUCCUCCUCUCCGCCGCGGCCGGAGGCGGCCUCGUGGUCUGGAGCCGGGUCCGCUCCCAGGAUGGGAUCCCCGAGGGUGGAAUCCCUGCAGAUGGGGUCACCGAGGGUGGAAUCGCUGCAGAUGGGGUCACCGAGGGUGGAAUCCCUGCAGAUGGGGUCACCGAGGGUGGAAUCCCUGCAGAUGGGGUCACCGAGGGUGGAAUCCCUGCAGAUGGGGUCACCGAGGUGCUGGCACAUCGCAGCGACCACCUGCGGGACAAGUUCAUCGAGAUCCCCUGCUCGGAGGACUACGACAGCCACAAGCGAUUUGCAGGUUGCACUCCUAGGAAGUGUGGAAGAGGUGUGACAGAUGCUGUAAUCACAAGGGAAGAAGCUGAAAGAAUUCGUAGAAUAGCAGAGAGGGGACUGUCCUUGGGAGGAUCUGAUGGAGGGGCAUCAAUUUUGGACUUGCACUCCGGAGCUCUUUCCCUGGGGAAGCACUUUGUUAAUCUGUACAGGUACUUUGGGGACAAAAUUCAAGACAUCUUCACAGAAGAGGAUUUUGCCUUAUACCGGGAUGUGAGGCAGAGGAUCCAGCAGAGGAUUGCUCAAGUGUUUGGGAUCAGCUCCUCUGCCAUGUACCUGACCAAGCCAACAUUCUUCUCCAGGAUGAACAGCACAGGAGCCAAGACAACACACGAUGAGUACUGGCACCCACAUGUGGACAAGGUGACUUACGGCUCUUUUGACUACACUUCCCUGCUGUAUCUCUCUGACUACUCCGAGGACUUCGGGGGUGGACGGUUCGUGUUCAUGGAUGCAGAUUCCAACAAGACUGUGGAGCCCCGAGCAGGCCGGGUGUCGUUCUUCACCUCUGGGUCAGAGAACCUGCACCGUGUGGAGAAGGUGCAGUGGGGCACUCGCUUUGCCAUCACCAUCUCCUUCACCUGCGACCCGGAGCACGGCAUCGGGGACCCGCUGCUGGCUUGACUGCUGCUGGGAUGGGAGCCCCACGGGGACAGGAGCCCUGCAGGGGGACAGGAGAAAGGGACAAAGCACCUCUUGUAGCCUCACACGCAAUUGGAGCUGCCCUGCUGUGGGAACACACCGUCACACACUCGGUUUGCACAUCGCUUCCAUAAGCGUUGCGAAUGAGGGCUUAAGGACCGUGUUAAAUUUGUUUCAUUCUGAAAAUGUUCAUCUUCGUGUGCCAAAGGACUGGGCUACAAAGAAGAGAGAAUGGGCUCCACAAAGAAGAGAAAGUGGGCUAUUCAGUUUUUUAAUAUUUUUUUUAAAUUCUUACAGUUUAAAAGAUACAAACAAUCUUUUGGGCCAUGCCUUGAUCUGACUCUCCAGGCUGCCAUUGCCUGUUUCAAUUCUUUAGUCUCUUCAGUUACCAAUGUGGUGUACAAAGUCUGACCUAAGUUAACUGAGCCAGGUGAGUGUUAUUCUCUAGAACACACCUUCUGUUGAGAGGGAUGGAUUCUCCUGAGUGUGGGAUCAGUGGGGAAUACACCUGGUUUGGCUCCUGGGACUUGAACUUUUUAAAAAUUUAAUUACUACUGAUUCAAUAUUCAGGAAGUCCCUCAAUAGCUAUUUUUGGACUUCUCUUUUCCAGUUUAGUAUGAAGACUUUUUCUGUUAAUGAGACCGCUGGUGUUCCCUGAAUAUUAAAUGGCAGGAGAUUCCAAGAGGAGCUGUGUGCAUUGUAACAAACACGUGCAUAAUCUUGCCAAAUACUUUGGGUUUUUACUGCAAUCAAAGAUUUCUGUGGGUCAGGAACUUGAUAAAUAAAUGGUAGAAAAACCUAAUUUUUUUUUUCUCAAUCAAAUUAUGGAGUAACCAUAUUGAUCUGGUUGUUAUUACCUGGAUGUAUAAUUUCUGUGAAACACUGAAAAUCUGAGAAUGUGCUUUGAUUUUUUUUUUAAUUUUAUGCAUACAGUUUGGACUUUAUAAUGUACCCUUUUAUGGAAAUAAUAAGUACUGGGGGGAAUUACACUGAACAUCAAUAUCAAGAGGAAUGAUAAGAGGACACUGGGACUUGUGAGGGCUCUCAUUGGGCACACCAGCAAGGUUAGUCCUCUGUAAAUUCAUUUCUUUGUUCUGAAACCUGAAAAAUUCUUCUUUGUCUGUACUAACAAGGAGGAAUUGUUAAAAUGGCUGGAUGCAAGGAAAUAAUAAAGUCAGUUGGGUUCCAUGUUGAAA